GGAGCCGGGACAGACUGUCAACUGGCACUCUCCGUACCAGCCCAGAGUCUCCGAGCGGACAAUGGAGAGCGACAAACAUUCCUAGCACUCAGUGGGGCGUUCCAACAGCACCUGGGGGUGUUGGUGAAGCAGCUGCUGAACAGCGAGGGUGUGGCGCAGUCAUGGGCGGACACAGUGCUGCCGCUCGCGCAGCAGGUGGUCGCGACCGUGCGUCCGGACCCUCGCUCUGACACUGACGACAUGGACAUCCGCCAAUAUGUCCAGCUGAAGAAGGUGAGUGGGGGAUCAAGGUCGGACAGUUGUAUCGUGGGUGGGGUAGUCUGCAGCAAGAACUUGGCCCACCGAGCCAUGCCCGCCAAGCUUGCCAACCCUCGCAUCCUGCUGCUUAGCUGUGCCAUCGUCUACCAGCGAAUAGAAGGACGACUCAUGUCUCUGGAACCUGUCAUGAUGCAGGAGCAGGAGUAUCUGCGCCAUACGGUGGCCCGGAUCGCUGCCAUGGCGCCGGACUUGGUGCUGGUGCAGCGAAACGUGUCCAGACUGGCCCAAGAGAAUCUACUACGACUCGGGAUCAGUCUGGUGCUAAACGUGAAGCCGAGCGUGUUGGACCGUGUCGCUCGCAUGACAGGUGCCGAUAUAGUCAAAAGCAUCGAUGCCCAGGUUGGCCGACCACAGCUAGGCACUUGCACUAGCUUCUACGUCCAGUCAUUCACAACAGACACAGGUGCCACAAAGACGCUAAUGUUCCUGGAGGGAUGUAUGUCGCCGCACCUGGGUUGCACAGUAUUGCUACGCGGCGCAUCCACCGCCGAACUGGCCAAGCUUAAGCGAGUGACCGGCUGGCUCAUCUACGCCCUCUACAACUGGCGGCUGGAGUUCUCCUUCCUCAUGGACGAGUUUGCCGAGCCUCCCACUCUAGGGGACGACAACUUCUUCCAGGACGAUGAUCACAGUCCCAAGAAAGAGAAGUUGUUGACGUCCUCACCGCUGAACGAUAACUUCAUAAACAGUCAGUCCAUGCAGCAGCUCCGGAACAGUGGGGGCAGUCGGUCGCCCAGUGUGAAGAGAGUGAAGAGUGCGGACAAGGAGAACAGGGAGAGUGACGAGAGUCUGAGUGAUAGAACGAAACUCUCGGGGAAGGAAAAAUCUAUCAGCGACGAGAGACGGAUGAAUGUUGAAUCCGUUAGUGACUUCAGUGAUCCACUCCACCUCUACAUGAACCUGGACGAUGAUGUGUUCAAGAAAAGCAACAACGGACAGUCACUGUCUGUGUCAGAACCUGCUAAGUCCAAUAGGUUUCGUAAAGCUCUAGACGACACUCUGCUCUCCGUUUCACCAUUUUUAAAGUUCAGUGUCCCGUAUCUGGAGACUGAGAACGGCCGGAACUGUCUGCUUCGGAGGUAUUUUCCCAAGCAGGUCUACUGGACAGCCCAACUCCAAGACAAGACUGUGACUAGGCCAACUCCAGCUGCUCCAGAAAUGUCCAAUAAGGAUGCUCUCCUCAAACUUAAUGGAAUUAAGUUGGGACCGGUUCAUCCGUUUAUAACCGCAAAACUGACGGAACCAGCCAACAGCCACAAUGUCCAGACCAUGUUGGCAUUCUACAGGGCGUGUGGAGGUCGUCUGCCACUACCUCCACUCCACAAGCCCCUGGUCCCUCCCACCCCGACCCCAGCCACCGCUGCUCCCACCCCAGCCCCGCCCACCGACGCCCUGGACCCCGCCAAACACCAGAGGCUCGCCGUGCUCUUCUGCAGCUAUUCCCAUGAGUCCCACAACGCCCCUUCCUUCUGUGUUAAUCCUUGGGUGGUCCAUAUGGACUAUUACGGCCGUAAUGACAUUCCUCUGGGUGCGUUCUUGGAGCGCUACUGUUUCCGAAGUUCGUAUACUUGCCAGUCAGACCGCUGUGAUACGCCGAUGCUCAAACACGUGAGGAGGUUCGUCCACGAAGGCGGUGCGGUGCAGAUAUCUCUGCGUGAGAUAGAGGGAGCCCCACACACCGAUGAUGACAGUAUCCUCAUGUGGACAUACUGUCCUGCGUGCAACCAACAGGUCUCACAAGUUAUGCGGAUGUCGCCUGAUACAUGGUCGUUCUCUUUUGCCAAAUUCCUGGAGCUGCACUUCCAUGCCGGACAGUACACAGUGAGGGGUUCAGACUGUACCCACUCCAUACACCAGGCCUGUCGGCAGUUCUUUGGCCACAACAAUAUGGUCGCCUACUUCCAGUAUGAGAAGAUAUCAGUGUGGGAGAUCUCGCUGCCGCCGUUGCUACUGGUGACGCAGCCCACUACGCAAGCCGCGCAUCAAGAUGCGAUCCUAGAAGAGGUGAAGCGCUGGGCUCUCAACGGCUACGAAGUGUUUAGUGCCAUCCUUAACAGACUCUGCACACUCGCUUCCAACGGAGAAGCUGGCGCGAUGGUGAUGAAACAGCAGCUGCAGAAGGAGCAGACCAUGUUCAAGGGAAGAGUGGAGGAGAUACAGAUGAGGCUCACCUCUCCGACCCACAUGUGCCAGCCUCCAUCUCAGGGCCAAACAGACAGUGUGUGGCAACUGGAGGACUCUCUAGUGCUGCUCAAGCGCAGUAUUGCAGAGGCGGUGGCAGAGUGGAAUGUGCGGCUUUCCGAAGCGGAGACAGCGCACAGUGCUCGAAAACGCGAGGAGAAGAACAAGAAAUCAGGCCAAGACAUCAAGACCAACCUGUCCACUUCGGCUGGACUGUCUGAGAUCAUUGACGGGCAGCCGCUAGCUCAAGCGUACGACGUAGGGGAGACUGCCGCGAGCCGCAGGUCACUGCCGAGUCAGAGUUCACUGCAGUCGGCAACUGACGUUGUGGACGAUGUUCUGGCCACCACAGAGGAUACCAUCUUCACUGUAGAUGGCUGUGAUGUUGACGUGUUAGACAGUCCCGCCGCUGCUGUUGUGAAACCAACGGAGGAUUCUGCUCCUGUCAUGGCCCCAGAGUCUACAGUGCCAACUAGUUCUAGCUCUGAGCUCAUAUCUGAGUCUGAGGAGGUCCACGAACACACCUCUAUGGAACAGGAUAUCCAGCCAGACGAAGACGUGGAUGUUAACCCCAACAGAGACAGCCACAAUGCCAAACACCCCCAUCAGCUGACUGACAGGGUCAGUGUCAAGCAGAUCCUAUCUCAGCUUCUGCCCAAGGAUACUCCAGCCAACCCCUUGCAGUGCCCCAUGAGCCCCCAGGAACACCACACCUUACCCCUCGGAGCCGCUGUGCCUGUAGUGGUCUACGAGAGAGAGCCCAGUUUCCAUCAUUUCCUAUGCCCUCAGCUGCCACGAUUACCGGACAGGACUGGAGGACUUGAAGGCCAAGCGGAUCUCUGUCAGUGACCAGCCUCU